CCGGUCGAGUGCUUUCCAGGGUUAGCGGAACCGCGGUUUUUUGGGAAAUCUGUUCUAAUUGAAAUCAGGGUGUAUAAAUACUCGGGUACCCAGCGCACGGCUUGCAUUCCCGGUCGAGCACCACAGGAAGAAACUUUUUCCUCUCAUUCAACCUUCCAUCUACUAGCCAACCUCUUUACCUUCAAUCCAACCAGUUGAACUGAUCAGCCAACUUGUUCAACCUAUCAACCAAUCAACCCGAUCGGUCUCUGUUGGUGAGGAGAGUCGAUUGUCGAUGUUUGCUGCUGAGUCCCGCAUCACAUGACAAUGUUGACAGCUAUCGUGGUCUUCACCUGCACCUGGCUGUUUGCAAAUGCAGACCCCAAACCGUGUCCUCAAGCGAUUGACUGUAUGACGGCAGAUCGUAAUUGUCCAUCAAACGCUACCUUCACCUGUCUGAGCAACCUGCGUGGAACUUGCGAUGUGGACGAGAGCAAAGUGACCUUUAGCGAACUGCUGCCCUAUUCACAGAGAAUGUGUAAUGAGAUUUUCCCGUGUGAAACCUUGGGUGCUUGCAAUGAGGAUAUAAAACUAACUCAAAUCAUGGGCGCGUCUCCAGAGGAACAGAGAGCGAUGUCUGGACUCUUGGUGUCAUCCGACACCUUCUGUAGCUUUUUUCAUGAUUUGGCCGCUUGUGUCAUAAACGAGAAGGAAGCUGGACAAUGUAUAUUUUCCACAAACUUUUUUAACUACAUAAUGGAUGCAAAACAGAAUCUGACCGAGCUGUGUGGAAGCACUGGGUCUGUAGCUGGUCUCGUGGUGAACACAGCUCUUACUCUGAUUGGUGCUGCCAUCGCAAGUUUUGCAAAAUAAAUCCCAAAAACUUAGAAAGUUUUAUGAUUUUCGAUAUAUGAUCUAGAAAGGAACUAAACAAGUUUUAAUCAUUGAUAUGUAGUCACUAUAAGUUUCUUCAGCAACAAUCUAAUGCUUUUCCUUAUUUUAAGCAUUGCCUGAUGUGAUGUAGUAUUUGCAAAUGUUUUGUCAAUGAUGUUAAUCAGAAUUAAUCUUAUUCCGAAAUUUUAGCAUAGAAGAACACUUUUAUUUUAUUUGCUUGAUGUUUGGUCUUUGAGAAUAACUUAGCGAAUGUGUUGAGAUUUAUUAAUUACAUACUUGCUUAUCUUGUAUCAUACAACGACUGUGUACUUAUUGCCUUUAUUUUAUGUUUUGAACAAGCGAAGUUUGAUACUGCUUUGACUUGUAUUGCUCAACUUUUGAAGUGAAUAUUCACAGAUGUAAACUGAGUAAGGGAGGUAACUUCGCUCGUGGGUCACAGACAACUCUAGCUGAAAACUUUUGUUAUCUACGUCUGCGAGAACAAAAAAGAGCAGAACAUUGUGUUUACUUCUUUCAAAUAAACUUGUACACGCUGAAACUCUCA